GGAAAUGGGCCUUCACGCAUAGAAGAAGACUAUUACUCGUUGCUCGUUAAUCACAGCAAGGAAGGGAGGGAUCAAUUCGAGGGCAAGAUCGAGGUACGAUUAAGAUGGGAUUCAUAAUGGAGUUUGCGGAGAAUUUGGUAUUGAGACUGAUGGAAGAUCCUAAAGAAAGAGAUCGUAAGUUCAGGGAACGUCUCUACGACCGCAAGGAGAAGUGCAAGAAGACAAAGGAGAUGUGGAGCCUUCCUCUCCGUCCUUACGGAUUCUGGAAUUUGGAGCGCCAUAACUCUCAGCUUUACUGGGAUCCCCAAAUCAGUCAGGUUCCUGGUCGCAGGGACCCUUAUGAUGAACUCCUUCAGGAUAGCUCUUCCCCUUCCAAGUGAUGCAGCAAAAUCUAGCUCUUCUCUGAAUUACAACGAAGAAGAAAGAAUGACAGCAGCAGUCCCUUCAAUUUGGUUUGAUUUGGUUAUAUAUGUAAUUUGUCUACAUGUUUGACAUGCAUCAAAAUAUUUGCUCAAAUUGGAAUAAAAACACUAGAGCUUGGAAUUUAUAUUUUUAUUAUCAUGUUUUUACCUUCCAAAACUCUCUACUUCUUUUGUAAGGUAAGGUCUGUUGUAUCUGGAUCUGGAUCCAGAUGAAAAACAAUCAAUAAAUCUUCUUUGAUUUUGUGUU